AUGGAUAUCGUCGAGAAAAACGAGUCCUUCCACCGAACAGGCGACAAAAUCCAAUUCGACCCCGUGACAGCAAUCAUCCGGAAAACCGAGGUGUUAUAUCUUGCGAAAUGGAAAAAUCGCCGAGGCCCAGAAGUAAGAAAGGACUGGAUGGUGGCUUCCACCACGUAUAAUCACUGCUACACGUGUGAGGUUAUUCGAAAUCAUCCUCACCCCAAUGUUGCCUCGUACUACGGCUGCCGCGACACGCGAGGACGAGUCUCUGGUCUUUGUUUCAAGCGGUACACCAGCACUUUGUCGGAGAAGGUUAGCCCUCACCAUCUCAACAAAACCGCCUUUCUGUCCAGUAAUCGGCUGCUCGUUAAUCAAGCUGUAGAGUUAUUACUAGCUAGUAUUCGUAACGGUAUUCGACACCUCCACGCACUCGGCCUCGUGCACAACGAUAUUACACCAUCUAACAUCAUGUUAGACGACGACGGAACGGCUGUUAUUAUCGAUUUUGAUAGCUGCCGGCAAGUAGGGGCGUUGAUACGAGAGACAAAGACUAAGAGAACACAUGGGUGGCAUGAUCCGAACGUAAAUGUGGCAUCCGAGACAAACGACCUCGAUGCCCUUGCCGAGUUGCGGGCCUGGUUACUUAGUUCAUCAGCCACCGAGUUCCAGUUUGCGUAA